AACGGAGUUCCUCCUACCGGACGCACCCCAGCCCCGACCCUGGCCCGGCCCCACCCCCAAGGGAGAAGGAGCUUGGCGGCCAUGGAUGGGCAGCCUCCCCGCGUCGGCGACGGGCCCCUGGCCGAGGCCCACGCGCACUUCCGGAGGGGCGAACACGAUGAAGCCGAGGCACUCUAUUCGGCCUACAUUCGCCAGUGCGCCUGCGCAGACGGGGGAGCGCGCGCUGACCCCCGCUGCUCCCCCCGGGACCUGGCCACCGCCUACAACAACCGGGGUCAGAUCAAGUAUCUUCGGGUGGACUUCUACGAGGCCGUGGAGGACUACAGUGCGGCCAUUGAGGCGCUGCCCCGCUUCGAGGUCCCCUACUACAACCGAGGCUUGAUAUUCUACAGGAUGGGACAGUUCGAGGAAGCUUUGGAAGAUUUCAGGAAGGUGUUAGACUUGAAUCCUGCCUUCCAGGAUGCCUCGCUGAGCUUGAAGCAGACCAUCUUAGAUAGAGAAGAAAAACAGAAGAGAAGUUACUAAGAAUCCUGCCCUGAUGAAAGCAUUUACUGCUCCUUCACCCGACAGCCUGGAUUGUGUUUGUUGUCAGCUAACGCAGAAGAAUCCUUGGAGAUGCUUCCAUUCCCCUUUAAGAUAAAGGGAUGCUUGAUAAGCAGGGGGAGCAAGGAUGGGCGGGUGGCCUGGGCCUUCCAAUGGUUUCAGGGUGACCAAAUGGAUGAGCAUUUUUAAGGCUUGUGUUGAAUGAUAAUUUUUCAGUGUUCAAAUAUUUGAAUUGGUAAAAAUGUGUAUUAUUGUAGUUGAGAUUUACAGACGUGCAGUUUUUCUUUAGUAAUCCUAUUUUAGUAGGUCUAUGAUAAAACAAAUUAUUGGAAUAAAAGAAAAGAAUUCUACUUUCAAGGAAGGAUAAUUUGAAAUUGCACAUUCCUUACAUGGCUGUUGUCAGAAGGUCCUUUGCACACCUUCACCGCCUGCAGAGAUGAGGGGGCAGCUGUUGUGCCCCGAUAAUGUCUGGUUGUGGUCGAGAUUUACUCUCUACAAACACUGUACAAAGGUUCCUGUCAGAGGACAGUUUGAUUUUUCUGGUGAGAAAUAUUGAUGACGUGCUAAUGACAGAAAAUAAACCUAAAAAUACAGUCUCC